AUGAAUGAAAGGACAAUGAACGAGCGAGCCAUCAGUGAGUGGAACUUCUUGUCUUUCUUGCAAUCAGAAGAAACUCAAGUAAAGAGCCGCUUUCAGAGGCACUUGAGGACACUUGUAUGGAAAUGUUAUUUGCAAAGACAGCGCAGAUGGCGUGUUCUGAUGGUGGAAUGUUUGUUCGGGCUGAUUCUCUUCGUGAUAUCUGUGUUACUGGCCUGGCCUGUGUUCCUCACUCCAAUCCAGGCGACCCCAAAGCCUCCCAUCACCUCCGCGCAACUUCUGAAUCCCGUUUCUAAAACAAUAUUAGGAUAUGCCCCUAACACAGAGCCGUUUAAUGAAAUUAUAACGAAGGCCUCCGAGAAAUUGAAAAAGCAAUUCUUAAGCGGAUUGACAGAAGACGAUCUCAACACUCAACUGUAUGAGCGUUCCAAAGGCGAUCUUGUCAAUGAGACUAUUAUAUGGGUUAUUUUUAAGCCUAAGUACAAAAAUAUGUGGCAGUUCAGUAUCCGUUCAACGGACCGCGCGAGGGACGUCUCAGAAGACGGCAGCACUCAGACCUCCCACUCCUUGCUCUUUUUGGGCGUCCAAAUGGCUGUGAGCCAAGCCAUCUUGGAAACCGCGGCCAAAGGCGAAAAGUUUGACUUUGAGAUCAACCUCACCGCGAUGCCAGUGUCUCCAUUAAUGGACGCGUCGUCAGUCAGACUGUCCAUAUCUGGUAUCCUCAUGUGUUACACCCUGGCUCUGCUGCCUCCUGUCAUUGAAGCUCAGGCCUUGGUCGUGCAUGAGACACAGUCCAAGUUUAAGCACGCACUUCUCAUGCGUCACGUAAGCUACUCCUCAAUCUACCUCGCCUGGAUGGUCUACGCGUACCUGACCGUGUUCCCUAUCUGCGUUCUGGGUGCCAUCGUCUUGAUCCUCAUCUUCAGAUGGAUCCACUUGCUGUAUGCUCUGAUGACACUUCUCUCAUACGUGUCAGUUAUGAUCAUGCUCGCACUUAUCAUGGCCAUGUUCCAUAAUACAGCCUUAAUAUCCUGCCUGUGGACUGUGCUCUUCACAGUGCUGCAGGCAUUCCUCGCUGAGCUGCUGGUCCACCACGGUUUCGACGAAUGGGACAAGUCUGUGUCGUUUGUGCUACAAAUCGUAGUUCCACCACUGGGCUUGAUCCACGCGUUCAAUCAGUUCGCCUUCCUGCAGACGGGACAUCACUACGAUGACAAAAUAUCAAUAAUUUACACGGUGCUCAUUUGGACCAUCAUGAACCUUUUGUACUUUGCACUACUCAUGCUUCUCCAAAGAACAAUUGGCCAGGAACGUGCCAUCGGCGGACAGGUGUCGUGGAAGUCCAUCAUCUUCAAGAAAGUUGAGGAUAAGAAUAAACUUCGACCAAUCGUAAAACCUACGGGUAGGGAAAGGGAGAAUUUGCAAGAAGUGGACGACCUUAUUGCCAAAGCAAUAAGUUUUAGGAAUGUUUCUAAGAGUAUCAUGAAUGUGCAAGUGUUGAAAAAUGUAACAUUAGACAUUUACCGUGGAGAAUUCACCAUGUUAUUCGCUGAACGCAUUCAGGCUAAGAUGGUGAACACUUGUGAAGAUUUAAUAACUGGCCUGGCUUUUCCUGACGAAGGUACCAUAAAUAUAUUAGGUAAAGUUUUGACACCAGAGAGCAAUGUGAUGUCAAUACCUAACAUGCUGGGUUACUGUCACCGAUCCAUAUUUCUUGUGGACGAUUUGACUGUACAAGAGCACCUCGAAUUGUUUAUAAAGCUGUGUUUGUGGAACGAGACGAUACAUUUCAUCACACAGUACAGUCACAUUCGCAUUAAACGACUUUUGGCCGAGUGUGAUUUGGAGGAAGUGAAACACGAGUUUAUAGAGAAUCUGGACAUGUAUUACCGCGCCCAGCUGUGUUGGGCAAUCGCUUUGGUGUUGGAGCCGAGGAUUAUUGUUAUACCCGAUUAUACCGACCCGUAUGCGUAUAUAUCAGUGAUAACGGACAAGAUCAUGAAAUACAAAAAAUAUAUAACUAUAGUAAAAAUGAGCUUUACAUCGCUUCAUUUGGUUUAUGCAGAGAGAAUUUUUUUGUUUGAUAGCAAACAGCUUGUGUUCGGAGGCACUCCUGCGUAUAUGUUUUUCAAAUAUGGUCGAGAAUACAGAGUUCGCAUGACAUUCCGCGGCGAGGGCACAUUCAGCAACGAACGCAUGUCGGAACUGCUGGAAGUUGCGACGUCACACGGGGCCACAGUCAGGGCCAACCUGGGUUCCCUCAUCAUACUGAGGCUGCCGGCUAACCCCACUGCCAAUGUGGCCGCUUUGGUGAAGGACAUACAGGAGAGGUCGGUGUAUUACGGCGUCUCGUCAUUCUCAAUCUCACUGCCGGAUUCGGAGGAGAUUUGUAGGAGGGCGAUAAAUGAAACUCGCGGAUCACACACGUUCCACCCAAGAUCGAAUGACGCAUUGAAAAACUUAGCUGAACCGACAGAAUGGAGAAGGCGAGCGACGUGGUGCCUCAACACUACGCACAUGAGGUGGAUCGGCUGGAAGUACUUCUCCUUCUGUGUCUACUACAGAUUCUAUUUUAUUCUUACCGUUAUAUUAGCUUUUGCGGUUGGCGUGUUGAUAGGCCUAUCGCUGUCCGACAUGUUGAAAGAGCUGGAGAGAGACCAUGCGGCCAUAUCGAUGAUACACGGAGAGGUAUUGACCGUGGAGCACCUAUAUCAAAAAACCAAUUUGAUCGUCGCCGCCGACAGUAGCGACAUCGCAAGGUCUAUAGCGUCUGCCUACGUACUAUCUGAAACUAAUUCCACGCAACGGCAAAUACGGGAUAUGACGUAUACAGCAUUGACUAGUAAUGAGAGCUUAAUAGAGUACCUGGUUACCAGAGCUAUAGAUUCGCCACAACACUACGUUUAUAUGUACGCUUAUGGCUUAUAUGUAACUGUACGAAAAGACGGAAAUCUGACUGUAAACGCACUGUACAGUCCUAUACAUAAAGACAAGAGCACCGCAGCGCGUUCUCUCGCCCGACUUUACAUGGCACUUAUAAGACAUUUUACUAAGACCAAAGACGCAACCAUACAAGUUACUGAUAACCCAUUGUCACUGGAUUUUACGCCGUUUAUGAAGUAUGCCGGCAGCCCGCCUCUUAUAAUCAUGUUCCUGCUGAUAGUGACGAUGUCACACGUCACCCUUAUACCUUCUAAAGAGUUUGGCUUGAUAAAGCAUGUGCAGAGCCACGCUCACAACUUCUCCCCGGCCCAGUACUGGUUCUCCCUGUACUUCUGCGAUCUCAUUCUGUACUGGUUACUUGUGGGAUUUAUAGCCGUAGCCGUGGUGGGUGUCAUGUACCUCACUGUACCUGUCGACCAUUUCCGAUAUAGCGAUCUUUUGGUAAUUCCAUUCAUACUGAUCAUCUACAGCAUUGGUUGCAUCCCACAAUCUUAUGUCUUCUGUAGGGGCCCGAGGGGGGCUCUCAAUGCUAUGAGCUUCGUCAUCAUUAAUAUACUUUUUGGAGAGGCGACCGUGGUUGCGAAAGUGUUCUUCGAUUUGCAAAACGUCAUAUUGUUUUUCAUGAGAAUGUGGCCCCAAUUCAACACGGGGUUCGCUAUUGUGAAAAUAAAACAGAUUUUCUUGUACAACAGCGAAUGUAUCAUUUAUAAAACUGAAAAUUUGUGUUCGUCUAAGACGCUACAUAAAUGUUGCAAAAAAUGUGGAAUACUCCAGCAAUGUUACUCAGAAAGGCACUACCUCACCUCGCACGGUAUACUACGAGAAAUCAACUCCAUGCUGAUCAUGACUCUGGUAUUCCUAUCGUUCCUACUUCUCUGGGAGUACAAGUACAUUCAGACGCGGUGGUGGUAUUUGAUAGCUAUGUUUAGGGGGAAAGAAGACGACGUGGAGGAACCAGCAUCGCUGGGAUCAACGAGAGAGAAGACGGAGGUUAUGGAGAAAUUGCGUGAUAUUAAGUCUGAUCAUCCCGAAAAGGUAAAUACAUUUGGUGAGAGCCUCCUGUGUGCCAACCUGACGAAGAAAGAUCUAGGCGAGUACGUGCUAAGGAACAUUUACUUGGGUCUAGGAAGGGGGGAGGCCCUGGCUAUUUCGGGUUUGAAGAAGCACGGACGAGUGGCUCUGAUAGAGAUGCUUGCAGGCUUGACAAUUCCCACCAGCGGGGAACUGUGGUCCAAGUCGAAGUGGAAGCUCAAUACAAAUCCUCAUCAGUACUGCCGUCACGUGUCAGUAGGCUGUGAACGGGACUCCCUGCCUCUCUGGAUGACGGUGUAUGAUGCCCUGGAAAUGAUUGCCAUUCUCCGUGGAGUGCCGAAGAAACACGUCGCCAACGAGAUUUGGAAAUACAUUUAUGCACUGGAACUUCACGAACAAGCAGACAAGCUUAUCUGCCACACUCCUUUAAAUGAACGUACAAAGAUCAACUUCGCUGCGGCCGUCAUCGGAGCCCCACCCGUGGUCAUCAUAGACGAAUGCACCAACUUCCAGGAUUACUCCGUGUGUCGAGCCAUGUACUUCAUACUGUACCAGCUGAAGAAGCGAGGGCACGCCAUCUUUAUUAGUUCACAUAGUAUCGAAAGUCACAUGCCGAUGACAAACCGCCUGGGUAUUCUCCUGGAUGGCAGGAUAGUGGACGUGGACCUGGUAGACACCCUGAUAGCGCGUUACACGACGCAGGGCUUCACCGUGGUCGUCCAUUUGAAGGACGAGGUCGACAUCAACAAAAUGUUUGCCGCGCAUUUUAAACAGUUCUUCAUUAAUGACACCACUGAUGUGUUAGUGAACGUACAAGUAUUGGAUCCCGAUCUCAACUGGAUGACGGUAUUUCAAAAAAUGGAGGAACUCCAAACUCUUAAUACUGAAGUUUACUCCUACAUAGUGACGAGCAUCCCCAUAGACUACAUCUACAACUCUAUCAUAGUUAACGAAAUGGGCAACAAACAAACGACAGGCGACCUCUUCACUUGCGAAUUCAUCUCCAAAUUCUUUGGCCCGAAACCCAAGGUUCAGCCGACGAAAGCCAUAUUGGAUAGCCUGACGCCGUUCGAGUCCAAGUAUGAAAUCACUAAGCUGAAGGAGUUGCCGUGGUCGGUCAUUUUCCAUAGAUAAAAUGUUUGUUUUCUUUACUUAAAUUGAUUCUACUGUUUAUUUGUAUUAGGUUUUCAUUUUUAUAAACACGGCUUUAGCCCUUGUGGGGAAGACAGAGCCGGCAGUCUUGAAAGA